GUGAGCUGCUCUCUUUUUGUUCAGACUGUUAGUAGCACAACAGCGAACUAACUGACAGCUGCUCCACGGAUCUUCGCUGCGACUUGACACAAAACAGAGCUGCAAUCAUGGGGAAAGGAUGCAUCGCCGCCACCAAAUACUUCCUGUUCUUGUUCAACCUCCUCUUCUUUAUUCUUGGAGCUGUAAUCAUGGGCUUUGGACUGUGGGUCAGGCUGGAUAGUCAGAGUUUCCUCACGGUUUUGCAAGAGUCUUCUACAUCGCUGAAAGUUGGAGCCUACAUCUUAAUUGGGAUUGGAUCUCUGUCUAUGCUCAUGGGAUUCCUGGGUUGCAUUGGUGCCAUUUAUGAGAUCCGCUGCCUGCUUGGAUUGUAUUUCACAUGCCUGCUCCUCAUCCUCAUCGCUCAGGUCACAGCCGCUGUUCUCAUCUACUUCCAGAGAGACCUACUGAAAGGAGAGACGUACAACAUUGUGAACAAAAUUCUGGUGAACUACACUGGUUCUAACAAUACAUCAGAGGAUGCCUGGGAUUACAUUCAGAGAACGAUGAAGUGCUGUGGAUGGAGUGGACAGUCUGACUGGAAAGAGAAUGUGAUGAUAAAGAACAACUCCAAGAUUCUGUAUCCAUGUUCCUGCAGAAAUGAAUCCAUCAGUGGCUCAGAUAAGCAAGAAAAAGGCUUUUGUGAGGGUUUGUCCCCUCAAUGGCCUGUCUUCACUAAGGGCUGUAUAUCUAGUUUGGAGGACUGGAUCCUAAGGAACUGUGGAGUUAUUCUGGGUGUCUGUGUUGGAAUAGCAGUGAUCGAGCUUUUAGGGAUGAUCCUGUCCAUGUGCCUCUGCAAGAGUGUCCAACAAGAGGAUUACACCAAAGUCCCCAAAUACUGAGCGCAAACCCCCAUCACAGCACAAAACAGCAGUGUUACAGCCUCUCCACACCAGCACAGCAACUGGAACAAAGCGGACCAGACCAGACACACAAACACUUUAAUAUCCCAUCAAACAAUCCAGUCAUCACCCUGUCCAACAUCAACAUAAAGAGACACUCCACUUUUUUUGCAAAUAGGCUUAUUUUUUAACUCCACCAGAGUUAAAGAUUGACAUCCAUUCAGUCGAUUUCUGGGUUUGGUAGGAGCACUUUUAGCUUAGCUUAGCUUAGCAUAAAUCAUUAAAUCAGAUUAGACCAUUAGCAUCUUGCUCAAAUUCAAAAAAAGAGUUCAGAUAAUUUUCUUAUUUAAAGCUUGGCUCUUAUGUAGUAAAUUACUUAGCUAGGGACUAUUUUCAGGCACUUUAUAAUAUCAUAGUGCCUGCAGCAGCCAUGGUAGGGUGGCAAAGUUUCUUGAUUAUUACGUCAUAAUCGGUAUGGUAAAGUACUAUAGUAAAGGUAUAGUUUCUAGACAUAUCAACCUAAAAAUAGAAACUUUACAUUUUCCGUACGCUUUUGUAACUACAGAAAACUCCAGCUUGAAAUCGUACAAUUAUUUAAACUUUUUAUUGAGUGGAAUGCUAAUGGUCUAAUCCGAAUCAAUGAUUUAUGCUAAGCUAAGCUAAAAGUGCUGCCACCAGACUCAGGGUUCAGCUGAAUGGAUUCAAAAAUGAUACAACUUGGCUGUUUAACUCUAGAAGGUGCUGUAAAAUUAGCUGAUUUCCAAACAAAAAAGUGGGGUGUUCCUUUAAAUCGUAAAUAAAUAAAUUGAUCUUUUUUAAGUGCUUUUGGGAGUCUUUAUAGCAUGAUGUAUGAUUAUUAUGGCUGUACUUAACUGUUGCGUUUACCAUUUUCAUUGUUAGUUGAAUUUAAGAGAGCACUUUAGUGAAUAGAGAGUUUGAUAAGGGAGCUACUUUUAAAAUAUUUCUUUUUAUUGAAAAAACAAGGGGAAACUUCACACUUUUUUUAUUGACCCUACUCUUUUUUUUUUUAUAUAUAUAUAUAUAUAUGUUUUAUAUGAAAAUUGUAUACUUUCAAUUUGGUUAUGUAUAUAUCAAUAUGAUUGAUUGAUAUACUUCAGUCAGGGUUGUUCUUACUGAAUAACUACAUUCCUGUUAUAGCAGCACUUAAUGAUUGCUUUCUGUGUGUGUUAUUAGUCAGGGUGGAGCAGGUGUGGUUUGGGUUGGGUAAGGAUGCCUGCGGUUGGCGAAUGCUAGGGCAGAGGAGGAGACUAAGGCCCAGCGUAGCGUUUCUUGUGGUUUACAUGUGAGUCAGGGUGUGUAUCUGGAUUUAGGUUGGGUUCGUAUCCCACAAUUCCUUCUGCUGGGUGAAACAGCUGUUCAAAUGUGUUCAGAACAGGCUUUAGAUACACAUCUUGCUGACUAGCUCCAGCUGUAGCCUGAGCGAAAUCCUCACGUCUGACAUCUGUCUUCCUGUUUCUGACUCAUUUUAGCCCAACCAAAGUAAGUCUGAAGUCGUGUGAGGCUUUUAAGUAUAUUUACGUUUCUUCUUUUUAAAUGUUUUGGAGCCUUCGGUUUUAUUAUUUCAUGUGAAGCUGAUGUAAAUGUUGUAUGGCUGUUGUCAGUGGUGUUUAUUCAUAACAAAAGCUUCAUGUGAGGCGGGAGGAGAAAAGAACAAUCUAGAUGCUGUCUGUAAUGCAUUUUCAAACACUUUAUAGCUUUCUGACUAGGAAAUGUGUAACGUUUCAUUUCUCAACUGCCAGAUGUUAAAGCGAUUGACCUAGAAGAUAUUUUUAGUUCAUGAUUUUUCACAUUUCAAGACUGAAUAAUACCUCAGUCUCCUUUUGUAUUUUCUUAAGAUGUUGUCUCUUUAAGUCUAGUUUAGAUAUCGAAAGAUCCUUUUAUUUUAAAUCUGAAAAUGUACCAAUAUUGGGAAGAUUUUGUAUUUCUGAGGUAAAGUGAAGAUGAAGGGCUUUUUAUAAUUUUUUUUGUACAUUUCUUAAGCAAGAUUUUUUGUUGAACUGGGAAGCCAUGUCCAUGUAGUGAGUUUUACCAGCUGUAGUACAAAUAUAUGCAAUAGUUAUGAGUUGAAUUAAAAGAAAACGUGGACACCA